CCGAGCAGCAGCAGCAGCAGCAGGCGGAAGAGGUGUGCUUAACAUUUAACCUUUUUGUGAGGCAAUGUGAAAAUGGCGUUAUGAAAAGUAUAGUCGCGAGCUACAGGCAAAUAAAGUUUUCAGAGGAGCGGCAUGGGCAACACCAGCAGUGAGAGAAGCGCAGCGGAGAAGACGCAGAGGCGAGAGACUCGUGGUGGCAAAGAUGGCGCUCGACCCAAGAUCCUUAUGGACAGUACGGAGGACGGAGACAUCUUCCAAACAGAUGAUGCCAAGGAGUUUCUAGCCUGGCAACAUGAUCAGGAAUCAGAUGCUAAAGUCGUGCCAUUGGAAAGGCCCACUGUGUUCCGCUGGAAUGGUCCAGGGAAAGAUAUCUACUUGUCUGGCUCCUUCAACAACUGGUCCAGCAAAAUCCCCUUGACUAAAAGUCAUAAUAAUUUUGUGGCCAUAAUUGACCUGCCAGAAGGUGAGCAUCAGUAUAAGUUCUAUGUGGACGGACAAUGGAUAUUAGACCCCAAAGAGCCUGUUGUGACUAAUAAGUCAGGUGUGAUGAAUAAUGUCGUUAAAGUGAGGAAAACAGACUUUGAGGUUUUUGAUGCACUGAAGACAGACUCUGAGAAAUGUGCCGACAUGUCAGACUUAUCCAGUUCCCCACCUGGACCUUACCAUCAGGAUCCGUACUCAACCAAAUCAGAAGACAGACUGCGCUCUCCUCCCAUACUGCCGCCACAUCUGCUGCAGGUGCUCCUCAACAAAGACACUGGAAUCUCUUGUGACCCAACCCUGCUGCCUGAACCAAACCAUGUGAUGCUCAACCACCUGUACGCCCUUUCCAUCAAGGAUGGCGUGAUGGUUCUUAGUGCAACACACCGCUACAAAAAGAAGUAUGUGACCACGCUGCUGUACAAGCCUAUAUGAUCUCAAUCCACCAACACUAUUCUCUCUGGUUUCUGCCUUAUACCACUAAAUGUUAUUCAUCGAAGAAAGGGACCAUACCUAUCAAACGUCACCAAAUGCAUGUGUCUCUGUGAGUUUAUAUUUGUGUGUUUCUGAAUGUCAGCGUCCCACCCAAAAACCAAUAUCUACAAUGUUUGCCCAAAUAAUGAAAUGCGUUUGCCAAAUGUAAAAAUAUCAGCUUGCAGACGUGUUUUGUAUGUGGCUUUUCAGUUUAUGAAUUUCAAAAUACUCUUAGAUCAUUCAAAGGACAUCUGUGAUGUCUGUUUUCAUCUUUUCUUAGAGAUCUUGAUUCAUGGGAUGUUAGUAAAAGACAUUUAAUGUGAACAUUCCCAUCAUGUUCCUUUGGAUUUAGAAAAUCUGCAAUUAAAAUGAUACCUGUUGAUGAAUGGACCAUUGUGUUAAUAAAAUGCACACUAAAACAUU